AUGAGUCGAUUGAAUACAUCAUUAAAAUAUAGAUUGGAUUGUUCUUAUAUUCGAUCAGGUUUUUAUUUAAAAUUUAAACGAUGGAAUUCAACACGUUGUCAAGUAUUAAUUAUUAUUGGAAUUCUUGUAGUUUUUAUUAAUGAAGUUUUAUUUUAUCAAUGGGCUUCUCUUAAUUGGCCAAAUAUUGAAGAAAUAGCAAAGAAACCUUCUGUUGAAAAACUUCUUCUUAUUGCUGAUCCACAAUUAAUUGGUGAAAAAGAUGAAGGUAUUUUGAGUUUCAUAACUAAAAGAGAAGCCGACCGAUAUCUUGCUAAAACUUUUGCACAAGCUAAUGCUUAUGUUAAACCUGAUUGGGUUAUUUUUUUAGGUGAUAUUUUUGAUGAAGGUUUAUCAGCAUCUGACGAUGAAUUUAAACGAUAUUUGGAUAGAUUUAAUUCAAUAUAUGAUUAUAAUAAUCAUGAACAACAUUAUAUUAUUAUUCCAGGUGAUAAUGAUGUUGGUGGAGAAUAUUAUGGUGAUAAACAACCAAUAUUAAGGCAACGUUUUCGAAAUUAUUUUGGUCGUACAAUUGCUUUAUAUCAUCAAAAUGAUAUACAAUUUUUAAAAUUAGAUAUGGAUAUGUUUGAUUCAUAUUCAGAAGGAAAACGUAAUGCAAUAAUAGAACAAAUGCAAAAUCGUCCAAUGACAGCAAAUUUUCGUAUUGUAUUAAAUCAUUGGCCAAUAUUAACACGUACUGCUCGUUUUAUAAAACCAUUUAUUAAUGAAUUAGAACCAAAUAUUAUUCUCAAAGGUGAUAGUCAUCAUGUAUGUAAAGAUUUAUCAUUUAAAUUUUAG